ACCAACAUAUGCCAAUGUCCCCAUACUGGCAACUCAAACAGGUCACCACUGUUGAUGGAAUCCGUUACAUUGACUGCUGUAAUGUCUUCGGUGGGUGAGGCUCAAUGCGCAUUUGGACUGCCUUUGACUCCCUCAUCCUCUGGAUUGCCCUUGUACUGCUGCACAUUGAUCAAUUCAAUUAUGUUGAUGACAACUUCAGGUUUGAAGAAGAGGGUUGCAUUGAACUUUAUCAACCAUACAAUGCUUAUUCUCCUUCAAACCAGACAAAACUACUUCACUUAUGGGAUGACAUCAACCUUCCUCAUGAAUGUCGCAAACAAGAGUAUGGACACACACUCACAAUUAUUGGUUUUCAAGUUGAUCCCAACCUCAUGACUGUCACACUUCCUUCUGAAAGCCUCACGAAACUCAUUCGCUCAGUUGAAGAUUUCCUCGUUACUUUCACCACAUCCCGACGGCACACUCUCACUGAAUUUCAGCAACUUACCAGCUACAUCAACUGGUCUUUCAACAUCUUUCCCCUCUUAAAGCCAGCAUUAUCCAAUAUGUAUGCCAAAAUGUCAGGCAAGACCCACUGUCAUGCUGGCAUUUAUCUCAACUGUGCCAUCACUUCUGACCUGCAAUGGUUUCUUCAUCAUGUUCACAAUUUCGAUGGUAUUCAUCUAUUUCAAACCUUGGCCUGGAGCCCAUCGGAUCUUAUCGAGGACUCUCAUCGCGAUGAAUUUGCACUAGUCGAUGCCUCCAGUUCCAGUAUCGGUCUCUACUUUCCCUGGAGUCACCUUGGGUUUUGGUCAGAGCUUCCAUGCCAUACACCCACCAGCACCAUCUAUUUCUUUGAAGCUCUUGCCAUUUGUGCUGCCAUUCAUCGCAUCCACUUCUGGCGCACAGCAUCUCACUUUGUACAAUGUCUUGCAAUUCUCUCAGAUAACACCAAUGCCGUUCAUGCUUUCAACACAUUGAAAGUCACGCCACCUUACAACCCCAUCCUCACCUCCGCUAUUGAUAUCAUGAUCGAAGGCUGUCUACAGGUCCGUGUAGAUCAUAUCAAUGGCGAGGACAAUCAAAUCUCCGAUACACUCUCCCGGGGCCAACUAGACCAAGCACGUCUUCUCAAUCCCAAAAUCACAAUUCUUCACUUUACACCCCCUCGGGAUGCAUUGGGGGCAGUCAAAAAAUGAACUUCAUUCCUGUGCGGUCCCAGCAACCGAAAUGGUUGCCUUGGACCACUGAGCAUUUAGUCCAUGAAUGCUCCAUUGCGCUAUCCCAUGCACUUGCCAAAGGCACCAAGAAUUCCUACAACUCCGCACUUAAUUCAUAUC